GACAUUUUUUAAAUAAUAACAAUAAGGGUUACAUAUUCUAACUAUUACCCCCAAAGAUUUAAAAUAUAUUCUGAAAGCCCCUACGCAUUACAUGGUCUGAACCGUUGCUAUGCUAUCCUUUCUUUGUAGACAUUCUCCAGGGUGAUGAAAAAGAUGUAGCCUAGUUAUUCGUCCUGAGAAAUAAAUAACGUUGUUCGGUUAGAAACGUUAAUUGUGUGAACUGUGGCAGCAAUAACCAUGGCCGGUUUGAGGCGAGUGAACGGGAAAAUCUCGGGAAUUAACCCGACUGUCAGUUGCAGUCGCCUGAGUCAGGUCCAGUCUCUGCUCUGCGAGGCUGGCACUGUUCCUGAUGGCAUCCUGUGCUCUCUUGGAAUUGACAGCAGAUAUAAUGAGGGGUGCACUGAGCUGGCUAAGUUCCUGUUCUAUGGACUAUAUGGAAGAAAUCAUUUGAAUCUGGAAAAUGCUCUUGAGGAUUUUCCUGAAGAAAUGCUAGAUGAUGUUAUCUUGCUAAUAAAGGCAGAUUGUGUUCAUCUGUACUGCAACCCAAUGAACUACAGUUACCUGUUGCCCUACGUGUCCCACUGGAGGAACCUGCAGCUCUACUGCAUGACAAAGGCGGAGUAUGAAGAUGAGGAAGCAGCAGAGGAAUUCAAAAUCUCCAGUUUUGUCACAAUGGUGCAGGACUGCUAUCGUAUCGGUGUACCUUUCAGCUCCCAGGGACACAUCCAGAAUUUUGAUAUGUUCAUGUUGGAGAAGUGGCCGCUGAUUCAAGCAUUUGCCCUGGAAGGCAUUGGUGGAGGAAGCUUCUUUACCAUGAAAUACAAGAUAAUGGACAUGAGUGAGAAGCUGUGGCAGGUUUACAACAGACUCGACCCAGUGUCCAUUGAUCAUCUCCUCAUAGAGGACCUGGUUAACUUUGAGAAGCAGUGGAGUGGCUUUUUCUCCAGCAUGGACCUGGAGAGCCACCUGUCCAUCUUGGAGCUUUCGGAAGCGCAGGCAGGAGAGUCAUUCCGUACUUAUUACUCUCAUGGACUGAUCUCAAGCAACAUCACAGAUAAAAGUAAAAGUCAGCAGCCCUUCGUGUUGUUUGGGAAGCACUCGUCUUUAGAGGAUUUGGAGAGUUAUUCAUUUAACUUUCCCUCAGAGAGUCAUCAAGUCCGCAACACAGGACCGCCGGGUUCUACAGCCAGACACAUGGUUCUGCAGUGUGUGGCUCCCAAAGGGCCUCUAGCCUGCUCCCGGACCUAUUUCUUUGGGACCACCCACACUCCAUACCUUGGAAAUCAAAACACAAAGCAAAAGAAAACAGAAGUCUUACUUUUGUCACAGGUGUAUUCAGCUGCUGUUCAAGCAGUCCUGUCUGGAAUCAAAUGCUUCUCCUGUACCUCCAGCACUAGCAAGGCUAAGGAUGUUGCAGAGAACACUUUUCUUUUGACUUUGGACACCAUGAAUUUAAAUCAGUACCGCAGUUAUCUCAGAUCUAAAUGUGAAUUCAGCAUUCAAGCAGUAAAUAACCAGGGAAGGAUUGUUCCUCUGACAGAUGAAAAAAGCCGUUAUUUAGUAAAAACAGCGUCCAUGACUGUCCAGGACAUCCCUGACCUGCAGUGGGGCGGGGGGGACCUGGGCUCGGUGGUUUUCUCUGAAUCCUUCUUGGAGUCCAGUAUCAACAUUCAGCAGAAAGAUGGCAUUGUGUCCUCAGACAGCUGCUACACGGUCCUGACGACCACCGUGCCCCGCUAUGCCUGCUGGCUGAUGGAAUCUGACGUCAAGCAAUCGGAGGAAGCCCAACUUCUUGCUAAGAAGGAGGAAGCCACUUGUUUGGGAACGGCUCUGACUGUAGCAGACGCUGCCUACGUGUUCUCCAGCAGCCUGCUCUCCUCACCUGAAGAAGGAAAAAUCCUUUUCUUCUCUGAGGGACUCUUGUUCGUCCAUUCUCAAUAUGGAAGCAUUACCCUGUCCAAGGAUCACAUCAGCACCAUCAAGUUCUAUGAUCCGGACUCCAGUGCUGUGGCGUCUCUCCUGGUGGAGUAUAAGAGCAGCCUGUUCCCCCACCUCCCCUUCCCCCUGCACAGCGCUGACCGCUGUCUGGUGUUUGCUCUUCAGCCCAGGUCUAAGAGCCACAGGGCCUUCUAUUCCAAGGUUCUGUCGGUGUGGCAAAACUCUAAAUCUGAACUCCCUCUGCAAAUGGUGGAUCAAAAGCAGCUGACCUGGAACCAGAAAAAUAUGCACAGCAGACUGCAGAAGCUGCACGACAGUCAGGAGCCUCCUGUGGCCAAACGCAGAGGGAGCCUGAAGACUUCCUACUCCCAGCUGCCAGAGCAGGACAUGUUUUUACAACACUUCGCCUUGAGUAGCAUCGGUCAGGAGCCCAUCCUGUACGACCACCUGGGGGUGCUGUUCCCCUCUGCAGAGCUGAGGAACCCAGUCAGCAGUCUGGGAGACAAGGUUGUGGUUACCAUCAUCACUGGAUUACCAGGAAGCCAUAAGGAGAGGCUCUGCAACUACUUGGUCCAGUUGAACAAGGAGCGUGGAAGGUGGGUGGUGUACAAGCCUGACCCUGACAGCUUUGACAGCUUCUCAGCCUCUCACCUGCAGCAGUAUCUGUCCGGCUUCCUGGAGAGCCAGAGAGGCCCGGGAGGCAAACCCCGUCUGCUGGUGCUCUCACCUGGAUACACAGAUGUUCUGGAUGUGGUCCAGGCUGUUCUCUUCCAUCCUGACCCUGUGGUGCAGGCGUGUUUCACCAUCGGUGCUAUCACUGCUUGUGUGGACCCCCUCGCCUCCUGUGUGGAGCAUAGAUUUACAUUCCCUAAGCUGUUGGAGCAGUGCAGCCAAGGUAUUGCGAGUACAGUGGUGUUCACCGGGCUGACAGCAGAGCAGAAGCACCCUCUCAUGAAGCAUGUUCAGCAGCUGGUACGCUCUGCCAACCCCACCGCUGCCUUCAUACUGGCAGAGAGAGGAGCUGUCACCAGGAAUGAAGAUGUGAAUCUGAUACUUUCUGAGAGCAGCUUCAAUGAGCCUCAGAUGCUAAGGGCCCGUUACGUCCUCUACCCUGGAUGGUGCAAAGGGCGCUUCUUCUCCGGGUCUGGUUCUCUGGUUCUCACCCAGCAGCGCGUGGCUUUCAACAGGCCCCUCGAGAGGCCUCUAUUUGUCACCCGCUGUAAAGGACUCAAGUCAUCACUGAGGCUGACCCCCUUCCGAGGAAAUGUGUACAAUGUUUGGGGAAAAGUCCGAUUUUCUGACUCAGAGCAGCUGAUGGAGGUGAGCUACAACACAGUGAGCGGGAGCCUGAGCAUUAUCCCUCUGACCCCGGGCCCCAAAGACACCGACACCCCCUGCUUCCUGGUCUUUGAUGGUGUGGGCCUCACUGCGGAUGGACUGAAGGACUGGCUCAGACUGUGUGCCAAACAGAGGCAGACAAAUAAACCUAAGAGGACAAAAAGUACUCUCUCACCACAAGAGAUCAAGAGCAUACAUAUGACCAGGCACCUGGACCCCCUGCCACCAGGCUUCUUCUACAACGGUUAUCAAUAUGUCGACAUCUUUGGAGAAAAAAUGAACUUCCAUCCCUACAUGGAAGAGUUUAUCCAGGAGUACAUCACCGAGGCCAACAAAGAGGUGGAGCAAUUCAACCGUCAGCUGGAGCUGCAGGGUCAGCCUGACCUGUUUGAUCCCUGAUUGAAGCUGUCUGUAUGUCCAUUGCCUCCAUCUGUGUCAUUUAACUCUGAGGGAAACACUGUGGGUGGGUGGGGGGGGGGCCAGGGAGGGCACCGGGUCUAUGUACUGAACGCUCCACCACUAUGGUCAAUGUGUGGUCACACAGAAGUCCAUCUAUUAUCUAUGUCACUUUGUUUCCUAAUGUGGUGUCAUCAAAGGUUUUAGCUUUUAAACAAUUACAUGACCAAUCAGAAGCAGUUUGCCGUACUUCCUACUGCCCAGUUAGCACUUUGGCGAGUUAUGCAUUAUAGCUAUCAUAUUAAAGUGACAAGAUGAUAUGGGUCACUUGUGGCAAUUAAAAUUAAGACUUGUUUGUCAAGAGAUGAGAGUUGCUCACAACAAAUGUGAAACAUUACGCAACACAAGACUCCAUCUUUAAACCGAUGUGAUUACGUCGCUAGCCAAGGCUAUGAGACUUUCACAAUUGAAGGGAAUUUCGGAGAACACACUCGUACAGCUCGCGCGUUUCUGUUUAUCACAGUUGGCAAAAUAAUGCCUCUAUUUCUGGAGAGGCAUGGAAAGCCGUGUGAUUCUGAUGGGCUCCCUGUUGGGGUUUCUCAAGAAUCGCUCCUCCUCUGUUGUCACCCAAUCCACGGCCCACCUGUUAUCUUGUCUGCCUGCCACGCUGCAGCAGAGGGAGCGCUUGGCCGUAGAGCUGUAAACAUUGAACAGCCUGUUGGCUGCACACAACUGAUGAAUGAUGCCAUUAAUCACAUAGCUAAACACCAUCCCAGUGCUUUAUUUUAAGACUUCUAAAGUGAAUCUGAUGAAAGUGCAAUAAAACCAAAUGCAGUCCAAAGUGUUGUGGAUAUUAAACAGCUGAGGCUGUCAAGAAACACUUUGAGGUCACAUGGUCACACACAAACGUUCUCUUAAAGCACUGCAUUCAGUAUUUAUAAUGCUGCUACUUCACAGUGAGAAACCUGGUAGACACAGAACGUUCAGCCAAGCCUCACUGCAGCCAGGUGUGGAUCACUCGGUUCAUCAUUCCCAUCAAACGUUUAUUUAUUGUUGCGUUUCUUUUAAGUGUGACCAUUCCUUUGUUUUGUUUUAAUAUUUCGGGUCACUACUUAUGGGUUAGACAAGGGGGAAAUAAAAUAUAUCUGGGUAAACCUAGAUUGGGUUGGUUAGGUCUGGGUAAACAUGAGUAAGGCUUCGUAUCUGGGGCGUGAUGUCGAAGAGAAUUACACUUAAUGUUAAUGAGUAGUUAUGCUACUGUUUGUCCGUGUGUCACACUGAUGUUCUAUGCAUGUCUUCAUCCUAUCAGGGUUCCUACACAGGGUUUGAAAUGUGUUUGGUAAGCUGUCAGUCAUUUUGUGGAGAACCUGUGUCGUCGUACUUGGUGCAGCUGCAUAUUUUGGUCGCAUAAGACCCAUUUAUAUUGAACCAGCAUUUCAAAGUAAAAGCAAGAUAAAUUGGUCGGAGUUGAGAGUGUGUAGGAACCCUGCUCUAAUCUGUGGAGAUGUGAUGGCUUUCAUUUAUUAUGGGGUCAGCAGUGUAACAUGGAGACUAAUUAACAAUCUGUGGUUCAAGUGGCGCUAAAUGGAGUGAAAUAAUACUGACAAAGGAACAUUUAAGUGCGCUUAGAAAUGUGCACAUACUAUAUUGCAUAGGCCUUUGUACGCUGUGCCGUGAUUACUAAUGAGUACUCUUGAGAUAAGAGAGGAAGGGUGUUUUUCUAAGAGCAUAUUUAUUCCUUAGCAGAGGGGGGGGAUGCUUGCUGGUGAGUUGAACACUUCAACGCCGUUAGUCUCUUAUCUGAGAUAUUUUUAGAUCUGUGGUGACCUUGGUUUAUUUUGGGUUGUCAUUCACGAUGCUGGCGAUGUCAUGUUUUACAUGUCUGUAUGUCAGUGCUGUCAGCAGCCAGUAAAAUGAAUCGAUAAUUUGUUUAUGGCUGGCAGACAUACAAAGAGUGAUAACAUUGUUAGUAAGUUAUUUUGACCCCAAAGGAUCUGCGUAAAUUCAAACAUUUCCGAACCCAACCUGACACUGCUGGCCCCAUCCGUCCCCCCAGCAGAUCCACUUUGAUCUGAAGCCAUACCAUCCUGUGCUCCAAGUGCCACUGUCUAUAACAAUAUUACAGUGCAUAGAAUAGCAAAUAACAUAGCAAUGUAACAUGCCUCUAACAUGUAACCCUUCCAGCCAGCUAAAGAGGAGUUCACCCCAAGUUACUCAUUCCAUUAGCUCCCCUCUUACACUCUUUUACUCUAUGAAAUAAGUGCAAUUGUACCCUCCCUUUGUUUUUAUACAUUGUACUCACUGUACCCUCAAAUAGCUCUUUAAGGACAAAUGGGCUGCUAAAUUCUCCGUCUCUCACAGCUUGUGUUAUGAGGUCUGCUGGAUGCUGCCUUUGAGUGCGUGUAGCUCUAUUAAAGUUAUUGACAACAUGUGAAAGGUUUUUGCAAAAUGAGAAAAAAAAAAAGCUUUACAUCUGCUCACAAAUUAUAGAUGGAACGUAAUGCAAGCGGAUUACGAUGCCUUUUUUCAAAGUGGACAUGAAAUGAUGUAACAUAAAUCCUUUGUUGACAGAAUGAUAACAGUUUUUUUAAGCUGGAUCAACUUAGCAUUUCAGGGAUGCACUCUCAGAGCAGUUUGUUUUGAACAACAGUUGCUGUCGCUCUGCCGUUAUGUAAUACUGCAGAGAGUUCACUUGAUUGACAGUGAAAUAGUUUUGAGGCUGAUGUUUGGGAGACUGAAGGCUUCACAACUUAGAAACCUGCUACACAUGUCAAAGAGAAGAGAAACUACAAAUAUAAUUGGCUAAGAGAUCAAGAAGUCCUUAAAGAGUUGAGGGUUAUGUAAGAUGUUUGUGAUAUUGAAAUCAAAUUACCACUAACACGUAUACACAAGUACUGCUGCAAGUACUUUUACACUUUUUUGCAUGUGUUGAGAUGUCGUGUGAAUAUAAUACCACAUGUAUUCUUAAAAAAACAAUUGCCUUUCACCAAACUGGUACAACAAAGAGAAAAGAAUCACAUUUAUUUUACGUAUCUGCUGAGAAAUUGAAUUACCUCAAAUCGACAAAUAGUAUUUUUGUAAGACUGUGAAUUGAACAUUCUAGAUGCAAGAAAAAGCUCUCGUCUCGCACAAGCUACAAAAAAACAACAAAAAGCAGAUGCAAUUAUUUUGUAGUAAAAAAAAAAAAGAGAAUCUGAUGGAUGUCAGGUUUCUCUGAUCCAGCAGUGCCUUGGCUCCGGCUAAGAAAAGCAGAUAUUAAAGCUGCGUUCAGAGCCCCCCCUCCCCUCCCUGUCACGGGGGGGGGGGAGGUGUUGUCAGGCGAGGAUCCGUCCUUCAACAGUAUUGGUGAAAGGAAUCCAUAGAGUCGUUCUUUAAAAGCAAUGUGUUUUCCUAAGUCAGAGGGUAAAGUCGGCGAGGUCACAGAGGGGGGGGCCGCCGGAGGGCUCGGGGAGAUUCAGGUGUUCUCGCAAACUGACCAAAAAGAUGUUGAAAUAUGGGCUGCGUACAGUUAUAUACUAAAGAUGUAUUGACGCUCACAGUGGAUAAACAAAACGAGGAUUGAAAUUGUUGGGUGACCCCUACUUAUUGCACAAUGGGGGCCCAAAGAGCCCUCCACAAGCCCCUCGGUGUGACUGACUCUCUGGCAGACUGAGCACCCCGGUGUCUUCGUCCUGGAGGCUAGCCAUUUUGUAGCUGAAGUUAUAGGACAAAAACAAAGUUUGGUGUUAAUUGAUUUUAUAUAAAGGAGGGGAAAUGUAUUUUUCUUGCACUGCGAUGAGAUUGCGCAGAGUUCUUUGUUCUUUUUUACUUUUGAAGAUUGGCUCCAGUGUUCAAAAGGAUUGUGGAAUUUAUGCACUUCAGGAUGAUAUUAGGUAUUUUUGUUCUUGAUGGACAAUUGGCUUGAAAAUGGAUUUUUAACAUUUCAUAUUUCUCAGGCCACGGGGACUGUUGAUACUAAUUGUUUGGGUUAAAGGGAAUCACAGGCCCCUCUAAGACAGCGAGAGGGAUUUGCUCAGGUUUAUUUAUUACUUCCAUUCCUGAGAUUAAAGAGUCCCUUAAAACGUGCGUGUUUUAGAAGAAGACGGGGGGAAAUUGUGCUUAAUAUCUUCUGUCCGUAGCAACACACCGGCUGGCCGCACAGUCGUGUUCAAAAAAAGGUUGUUGUUAUUCGUGUCAAAAACACAGCGAGUUGGGAGGGGUUUGAUGUCGUGAUGGCAGAAUUAGAUCUGGGGAAAAAAGUCAAGGGCUCAUUUCUUCUCCCCUUUCUUCAAGCCGUCCAAAGCAAAGGAAAACAUAACGCUCUCUAGUGUAACGAGAAAUAAAAAAGUGCCAAACUGACUUCCACAUUUUGUUUUGAGGGUGUUCACAGAAAGUGAGCGAAACUGAAUUGCAUUUGCACAAAAACUACUGUAACUUUUGUUUUUUUCCUGUGACUGAUGCUUUUAUAAUCUUAUUGUUGUUUUUAUUGCACCACGUAAUCCAUUAAAUAUUUAUAUGGUUGAUCAA